AUGCUGGUCGCCAACCCAAAGACCGAGUUAAGCUCUACCUUUCUCCAUAUUGCUUUUGGUCUCAUUUUUCCUGCCAUUGGAAUUUCUUGGAUAUUUUGGGGAAGCAAGAAAAAGAAAAUUGGUAAAACAUCAGUUCCAUUUCUGGUUUAUGAGUUCUUCACCGAUAAGACGUUGUACGAUUCUAUUCAUGAUGAGUUUUCUUUUCUUUCCUGGGAACGUCGUCUUAAGAUAGCCACUGAAACUGCAGGGUCCCUUUUAUACUUGCAUUCCGGUGGUGAAACACCAAUUAUUCAUGGAAACAUCGAUAGCUCCAACAUACUACUAGACCAUGGUUUCAUGGGGCAUAUCUCAGACAGCCCCUUUAAAUUAACGUACUGGUUCCAGCAGUAG